GGGCAUCUCCUUUGCUUGUCUUCUGAUCUUCUCCCUCAUCACUAUGCCUGAGUAUCCCGUUGCUGUGCCACAGAACGCGCCUCCACCUCCCGCACCACUGCACCUCGUGCCGCGCGACGCGCCCGAGGACGAGAUCCGCGCUGCUGCGACGGCGCUCGCGGCCGCCUUCGAGGGCGACCAGAUUGCGGACAUUAUCUCCGGCGGCGUCCCCGGCCUCCACGAGGCGCGGAUGUACCGCACCGUCGCGACGGGCGUGCUCGACCUGGAAGUGUACACUGUGACGGACAAGGAGGUGCUCGGCGUGAUGGUGGUCAAGCCUCCCGGUUUUGCGCAUCGCUGGAGGUGGGUUAAACUCACCGUCGACACCCUCCCUGCAACUCCUGACCCCAGCCCCAACUCGGAAGGCCCGCAUGGCCGUCUCGCGGACGAGCUCGCGAAGCAGAAGCCCGAGGCCGAUGAGCACUACGCCGUGCUGAAGAAGACGUUGAGCGCGCUCGAAGUCGAGGCGUUUGGGGAGAAUGAGGUCACGGAUCUCUUCUAUAUUUCCCACAUCGGGGUGACGCCCGCGGCGCAGGGGCGGGGCGUGGGCGCCGGCUUCUGCCGAUACAUGGUGGCGCGGGGGCGCGCGAUGCGUACGCCUGUGUCGCUGCUGACGAUGACUGAGGGCCAUGUGAGUGUAUUGGGGAGGGUAAAAAGGAGGCGCGGGAUGAAGGAGAAGAGGGGAGGAGAGAGAGAGAGAAUGGGCAUGUGUGUGUGAGGUGGCUGGCGCGGAACAGAGGCCAGGAAGGAGAGGAGGUCGGCAGGAAGCUCACACCAGGUCAAGUACUACCAGCGCUUUGGGUUCAAGACUCGCGCGUACACCGAGGUCGAGGUGGGCGGAGUGUUGACCAGGUGGUGGGCCAUGUCCACAGACGUGUGAGACAUCGUUUGUGGAGACGAGG